AUGAACAAACUGACCACAUUUGAGCACAUGACCAUCUCCUGCAUGUUAUUCGAGUCAAGGUCGGAAGAGAAGGACUAUAGAAAACUAACCAAAGCAGAGAGGAGGAAGAGACGACGAGCCACACCAAAGUACAGAAAUCUACAUGCUACAAGAGAAAGAAUUCGAGUGGAGUCGUUCAAUUUGGCCUUCGCCCAACUACGUUCGCUGCUUCCCACACUUCCGGUCGAGAAAAAGCUGUCUAAGAUUGAAAUACUCCGGCUGUCUAUCUCCUACAUCACAUUCUUGCACAAGCUGUUGUCGUUUGAGUGA